AUGCAAGCCUGUCUUACUUGUCCUAUCCGAGAGCCCAGUCCUGACUAUCAAGGCAGGAAAGGGCGUGGUCCGCGUACUACUGUUUUGAAGCAGGAUCCAGCGAUUCGUUCUAGAACUCCGGGUCGUCAAACGAAACCCAUCAAGCCUCCAAGAUCACCACCUUCAUCUGACACUCCCUAUGAUUCAUCAGACGAUGAUAUAAUUGCACCAAUCAACCCUCCUCCCAUACUUCGUGAUCUAUCUAGCUAUGCGAAGUGUAUAAGACACAGAGCCAAGCCCUACCAGAGAAGUCCCAAUGUAAUAGACCGCCUCUGUGGUGAGGAGUGUGUCGGGUGCGGUGUCUCCAAGGAUUUAGUAUCGGAUGUUCAAAGGGACAAAGCUACCUUGCAACGUAGAAUGCAGCAUCUGAGUCCUGAGGCCCUCGCUCAAGCUGUGAUCGCGGUUCAGGCUGAUAUUGAAUGGAGGCGCGUGCAUGCAAUUGCAGCAGCUUUGCGUGUCGAUGCGGUUCAUCAACAUUCCAAGUUUCUCGACAUAACCGUUCAGAGUGAAACUGAAACAUAUAUCAAUGCUUCCUCGGAACCAUUCAACACCGCGAUAGAAGCACUCUCUGGUUGCACUACGGAUGAGCUUAUCGAUCGCAAAAAUUGCAGUAUUACCACGUACGAACUUGAUGCGACGUCGUUCGCUACUGCUGAUAUGGAAUUUGAACAAGUUCAGAGUUUUGCGUCACCUCUUCUGCAAUCGGAUGAUAGCACCACCAGUUCGGAUGAAGAAAACUUCUGA